CAAAAAAUGCGAUAUAAAAAGGACCCCCAGAAGCCGCCUGCGGGGUUCCUCCAAAACAAUUAUCCGCAUCCCCCCAAAACGAACGUACUGGCUGAUGUUUCAAGGCCCUGUGACCUUUGAGGACGUGGCUGUGUACUUUUCCCAGGAGGAAUGGAAGCUUCUUGAUGAGGCCCAGAGACUCCUGUACCAUGAUGUGUUGCUGGAGACCUUUGUACUUGUUGCAUCAUUGGGUUGUUGGCAUGGAGCAGAGCACAAGGAGAUAACUUCUGAGCAGAAUGUUUCUAUAGAAGUGCCACAAAUAAAUACUUCAAAGACAGACCUGUCCAUCCGGAAGUCCUAUCCCUGGGAGAGGUGCUGCCUGGCCUUAGACAGUAGUUUGUGUGUAGCUGAAGACCUGGGAAUAAUUCCUGGCCAGAAACUGUGUGUGUCAGGUGUGAAAUUUCACCAGCACAGUGCAGGGAAACUCUUUAGAAGAGACAUGGGUAAGACCUUUAUGAGGAGCCACAUAGUCCAUGCAUCCAAGAACUCUUUCACAUGCCAGGAGGCUGGGAAGGAUUUCCCUGGUAGCUCUAGCCUUCUCCAGCCACAGGUCACUCCACAAAAGGAAGCCAAGUGUGCAGAGGCCUUUCACAAUGGACAUAGCCUCUAUAAAUACUAUCUAUGUGAGAAAGCCUUCAGCUGCAAACACAAACUGGCUCAUCACCCGAGUGUCCACACUGGAAAGAGGCCUUACGAAUGCAGUGAAUGUGGGAAAACCUUCAGCUUUAAAGGGAUACUUGUUAAGCACCAGAGAAUCCACACUAGAGAAAGGCCUUAUGAGUGCUGUGAGUGUGGGAAAGCCUUCAGCUGGAAAAGCUCACUUGUUCAGCACCAGAGAGUCCACACCAGAGAAUGGCCUUAUAAGUGCAGCGAAUGUGGGAAAGCCUACAAACACAAAAAUUCACUUGUUAAGCACCAGAGAGUCCACACUGGAGAAUGGCCUUAUAAGUGCAGUGAAUGUGGAAAAGCCUUCAGACACAAAAAGUCACUUGUUCACCAGAGAGUCCACACUGGAGAAUGGCCUUAUAAGUGCAGUGAAUGUGGAAAAGCCUUCAGACACAAAAAGUCAUUUGUUGAGCACCAGAGACUCCAUGUUGGAGAACUGCUUUAUAAGUGCUGUGAAUGUGGGAAAGCCUUUAUUUCUAAAGUAAACCUUUGUCGUCACCAGAGAGUCCACACUGGAGAAAGGCCUUAUGAAUGCAGUGAAUGUGGAAAAACCUUCAUUUAUAAAGACAGUCUUGUUCGGCACUGGAGAGUCCACACUGGAGAAAGGCCUUAUGAGUGCAGUGAAUGUGGAAAAGCCUUUAGCCGCAAAGACUCACUUGUUAAGCACCAGAGAGUCCACAGUGGAAAAUAGCCUUAUAAGUGUAGUGAAUGUGGGAAAACUUUUUUAAAAAAAAUAUUUAUUGUUUGGUUGAUUGAUUUAGCUGUGCUGGGUCUUAGUUGCAGCACCCUGGAUCUUUGAUCUUUUUUGCGGCAUGCAGGAUCUUUAGUUGAGGUGUCUUUAGUUGAAGCCCCUGGGAAAACUUUUAAAUAGUGACCCACUCACACUUGUUUGGCACCAGUGAAUUCAUAUUGGAGAAAGGCCUUAUGAGCGCAGUGAAAGGGGAAUUUCUUUAGCCAAAUCUCCAACCUUAUUGUACACCAGAGGAUUCACACUGGCACAAAGACUUCUGAGGGCAGUGAGUGUGGGAAGUGAUUUAGCCAAACUGCUCUCGUUUUACACAAGAGAGUUUACACUGGGGAAAGGCCUUAUAAGUGCAUUGAAUAUGGGAAACAUUUUAGUCAAUACUCCACUGUCAUUAAGCACCAGAGUUCACACUGGAGAAAAACCAUAUGAGUGCACUGUAUGUGGAGAAUUCUUCAGCCAAAACUCCCAGCUUACUCAACACUGAAAAGCUCAUGCUACAGAAAGGCAUCGCCAGUACAGGAAAUGUGGAAAAUUUUUCUGUCAGAGUCUGCUCUGACUGAGCACCAGAAACUUAACAGCCCAGAUGGAUCCUGUGAGCACAGUGAAUGUAAGAAAGCUUUCAACUGAAGGUCUAACCUCAUUCAUCACCAGAAAGUUCCUACUGGAGAAAGACCUUCAAAUGAGAUGAGGAGAGCAGCGAAUGAGCUGUCUCCUUAGUUAAUACAUCAUACUAAGUAGGCUCUGUGAGGGACUCAUCAUCUGGAAGUUGAAUGCCAUACAUCUGAACAGCCCUAGUGUGCAGAUUGCCUGUAAGUUCCAGGUUCAUAGGAAGCUUUUAAGGAGAUAUGCUCUACUUCUGACCUGUGCAGGGCCCUUGCCAUAUUUAAUGUCACUGUGAGUUUCUUAUCUCUACUAAGUGGCAGAUCCCAAUACUGGAAUCAGUCACCUCAGUGUGAUCAGGGUAGGUUGGCUUUUGUGCUCUCCUAUCCCUUGUAGAAAAGCAUGGAUACCCUGAGCACUUGGGUUUUGUCGUUCUCUUAGUUCCUGUCAACUGCCUAUGACAGGACCAAAGCAGCUUUGAUCAUGGGGAUCCAGUCCAUUUUCUCCUGGUGGCUCACAGUGGUUUGCCUUCUUUGGUGGCAUUGUCUAAUACCAUGUUAAUGGUGGAUUUUAUUUAGGUCCAAGUCACCCUGUUUGGGAAUUAUCUGCCUCAGUUUUUCUGCUCUAUGCCAUAAUAAAAACUAUUAUUUAAGCCACCUUUCAUCUUGGGCUUUGUCCACUGUUAGACUGAUGUUGAGAAGCAAAUUGGACUCUCAGGAUGAAGAGGAGCAGGUUUUGUGGGUGUUCCAAAGUUUGUAUACCUCACUGGGGAUAGUAUCAUGGUGGAGAAUAGUUUUCACUAAUUUGAAUUGUUGUUGAAGGUUUCCUGGGGUAGACUGCAGGGCUCUGUGGGACUAAUGUUGUGACCUGGAUGUUAGAAUUUUUGGUGGGUCCCGAGGUCACCCUGAGAUGAGGACAGUUGUAUGAACCACCAGUGUUUUUUGGAGCUGCAUAAGUUCUCUUUUUUCACAUGGAAUGUCACAUCAUGACCUCAGUACUGUUCAAGAGAAGAAUUUCUCUAGGUCCAGCUGGAAAAGAGCCGUGUGCCAUAAUGUCCACGUGUGCUAUGAUGUCCGCAAUGUGGUAGGCUGGUGUUCAUGACUGUUAGAUUACAGAUAUCAGGAGGGAACCAUAUUUGGUACAGAAACACUGGGAAUUAAUAGGAUGUGAGAGACUAGCAACAAGAAGGGAUGAGCCUUUUCUAAAGCUGCAUCCACGAAUGUUCCCAUGACUGGCUGUUUAGGAUAAGGUUUUUGCAGAAAUUCUCAGGAGCUACAGAGCUAUUUCUCUCCCCCUGAGCCCCCAGUCUGUGUCAGACUGAAUAAUGUAAAGGUUUUAGGAUUCCUAUAGCAUCUGCAAAUUUUUUCUCUGAAGUCCACUGCUGCACAGUGAAGACAAUGGGGAAUGAGAGUGGAAAUCAUGUAGUUCAGGCAUGUGAAUUUUAGGACCCAGGCAGAGUUCCUGGAUAACUUAAGUGGAAACACGUUUUAUUGCUUGCAAGUCUUCAUUGCUGCUGUGACGGAAUCCCCUCAUGAGAGUAGGAGAGGUGAUGGAAUUGAGCUGUGGUUGCCACAGUUUUACUGAAAAGAGAUUCAGAAAAGAAGUUCAGAUUUUUAUGUGAAACCAAUUCCUAUUACAAUUUAAUUGAGCUGUAUAGUUUGUAUGCAUUGAAAUGAACAUACCUAAAAUGUACAGCUUGGUAAAUUUUAAUACUUCUAAAGCCAUGGAAUCAUCAUCAUAAUAACAAACAUCCAUCAUUCCCAUAUCAGCUUCUGACAUCUCUCCCAGGACUCUCAGGUAGCUAGUAUUGAUUUACUUUUUUUUUUUUCCCCCAGCUAUGCUGCACAGCUUGUGUGAUCUUAGUUCCCCAACCAGGGAUUAUACCUUGGCUGUGGCAGUGAAAGCACAGAUUUCCAAUCCCUGGACUGCCAGGGAAGUCCUUUGAUUUACUUUUUUCCCAUUCAAUUAGGUAGUGUUUUCUAGAAUUUUAAUAUCACUGUGAUCUUUUUUUUUUUUUUUUU